UUCUUAGCCAGUGGGAGGAUGAAACACCCUUAGGAAGAAAUUAGUGAAAAGAUUGUUCCAUGACAACACCAAGGUCCACCUCAUGGUCUCCAAAGUCUUGCUAGACUCAAUUGGAUUUACAUGCAUCCAACUGAGACCAGAUCUAGGACUCCAUCUUUUCUGAUGAUUAGGAGACAAAGCUGAGAGGAUGGGGAAGCCAACGCCUGCAAAGCGUGCAGCCUCCAGAAGACAUCUAGCGCUCAGAAAGCGUAAAGCAAGAGCAAAAGAAACUGUUGCAUCUGGUUUUCAGGACUUGGUUAACUUCUUCCAGUCUCCAACGGGUGAAAGAUUUAUCAUACUUGAGAUUUGCAUCCUUAUUGCCAUGACACUGCUGGUUUACAUUCUGUAUCAGAAGGAAGUGCAAAGAAGAGAGGAGCUUCAAGAGGCAAUGCACAUGAUUCGUACCUUUGUUGUUGGAAUGGAACCAUUCUAUGUGGACAAGGAUGAUUUCCAAAUACUCGCUGUGGCUCAAAACAAAUCAGAGGAAAUGCGGUAUUAUUCCCAGAAAAAUGAAGAACUGCAAAAAGAAAUUGACAUCCUUACUAGAAACUUGAAUGAUGGUUGGGUUUUAUAUUCAAGGGCCUUCUAUUUCUUUUCUCUUGAGCUACAAACAUGGAUGGAUUCCAAAAAAAAGUGUGAGAAGGAAGGCGCCCACCUCAUUUCUAUGGAAACAAAGGAAGAACAGUAUUUUAUAAACAAGCAAGUAAAACACCGUAAAAUGAUUUUUUGGAUUGGAGUCUUUAAAAACAAGGGAAAUAAAUGGUCGUGGCUGUCAGGAAUGGAGGCUGCAGUCCACUACUGGAAUUACUAUGAGCCAAGUUAUAAAGAGAACCACAACUGUGGUGCGAUGACCUUUGAUUGCUACUAUGAAAACUGCUGGAAUGCAUUAGACUGUGAUCUACAAAAACAGUAUAUUUGUAAGAAGGGGCCUGAUGAUGCUUGGCUCUAAGAAGACACCUUAAGAUGAAUGAAACUGUAUCCCAUGAUUUCUACACAAAAGCAAAACUAAGAGAUCACUCCCACACCACUGUUUUAAUGCACAAUCCACACUCUGCCAUCUAGAUUAUAUGACUCAUCAGCACUCAAAAACACCUUGAAAAGAAAUUAUUCUGCAAACUCAAUUGUAGAUGGCUACAAAAAUAAAGAAUGGAAGCAUCCAGUCAUAGCCUGU